GUGUGACGACAUUCCGGAAUAAGGAAGGACACAAUUCAUGCGAUCUUUCCUCUAAAUGCGAAGAGUCGCCGAGUAGCUGCUCCUGAAUGCACAACAAAACCCAGAUAUUUGACUUCCUGCUACAUCAGCUCCGCUGUUAAUCCUGCAGACCGUUUUUUGGGGCGAUGUUGUCCAGCAGAGGAGGAUCCUGGAUGUUCGCUGCAGCCGCAGUAGUGACUGUGUUUCUGCUGGAUGCUGUUGUUUUUACACAGGCGAAGAGUUUCGAGGACGUUCGCUGCAAGUGCAUCUGCCCGCCGUACAGAAACAUCACCGGCCACAUCUACAACAGAAAUGUCUCCCAGAAAGACUGUAACUGCCUCCAUGUGGUGGAGCCCAUGCCUGUUCCUGGCCAUGACGUGGAAGCUUACUGUCUGCUGUGCGAGUGCAAGUAUGAGGAACGGAGCAGCAACACCAUCAAGGUAACCAUCAUCAUCUACCUGUCCGUCGUGGGUGCCCUGCUGCUCUACAUGCUGUUUCUGCUACUGGUUGAUCCUCUCAUCCGCAAACACGACCCCUACACCCAGCCGCUGCACAACGAGGAGGACUCUGAGGUCCAGGAGAUGCGUCCGCAGGCAGACAACAGUCAGGCCCGAGGAAACACAGUGCUGGAGAGGGUCGAGGGAGCACAGCAGCGCUGGAAGAAGCAGGUUCAGGAGCAGCGCAAGACCGUGUUCGACCGCCACAAGAUGCUAAGUUAAACCCUCCGGCUGCCGUCAAAGCGGGUUUAGAGUAGGUAACCUCCCUGGGCUCAGCGCUGCAACACUGUCACCAGCUGCACUCUUACAAACCUCUUUGUCUUUGCUCUUCACCUCCAGAAUUUGGGUUUCCACAACAAGAAUUCAAACACACCGAUGUAACAAGCAGAUGUUUAAUAUCUAUUCAUUGACUGUCUGUAAUAACUUUAGCUGAGUUGCAGUUGUAACAAAGAAAAACUGCAUGUUUUGCCUCAUGGCUAAAGGUCAUCUCAAUCAUUUUCAGCAAUUUGCAAAGCAACGGAUCUGGAAUGUCUUAUUAAGUAAGAACUUUUUUUUAUUGUAUUUUGCAGUGGCUGUGAAUAGCUUUCAAGCUUCCUCAUGAUAAUUUUUAAGCUACUUGUUAUAAAAAAAAAAGUUUUUCUUGUAGUGUAAUUUAUAAAGUAACCUCAGAAAGGGUAAGUUCAUGUACCCUGCCUAUGCUAUUGCCAGGCAUUGCAUACGCCCUAGUUUAGCGCUAACAAUUUGUUGCUAUAUAAACCUGGCUUUAUUUAGUGUCAUUUGGGCUUUAAAAAAAAAAAAAACAACCUUUGCCAUUGAUAGCUUCAAGAUCUCCCCAAACUGUGCCUUUUUCUGUCUCUCUCUUUUUGUGGGAAAAUGUGUUGCACCUAAACUCAAAAGGAAAAUGUGUCUCUUAAGCUUACAAAACAUAACAGAUGAUGUUUACCAAGAACUUUUGGUAGAUAACAUGUUUAAAAGUAGUUGAAUUUAAAUCUUUUAUUUACCAGUCAAACCUGAUUUGAAAUGGGUUUGUUCCGUAACAUAGACUUAAGGCCACAUUUCUGUCGUCUAUUUUGCAGCACAGUUUGAUGUGACAUACUUUCCACGCUAAGAGAGAAAUGGGGAAUGGGGGGCAUUAAACAGAGCUUUGAAACCGUCCUCGGAUGAAUCUAAUCUCUGCCAUAGGAGAAUGUCCCAAAUCUGUAAAGCUGCUGAUAAUGCGGUUCAGUGUGUGAAUCAGGAUGCCUGGUGGCUGUGAAGAAGCCCGCGUGUGCAUCAUUAUCUGUCAGUGGAUUCCCCCCUCGCAUCCCGCUACUGAAGCUCCCUGGUGGAGAAUUGUUAAUACAACAGAGAAAGACACACUGACUCACGUUACCUCGUGCACAAUGUGAACUGCUGUAUUUUAUUUAUCUGUCAUUUUUUUUGUUUAUCAUUAAUGUGUGUUUUAUUUUUAUGAUGGGUUGAUUUAAGUAAUGUUUGAUAUCACCGCUAUCAGUGUUUUGUAUGUAUAUUUAUCUCCAGCCCAACUGGGGCGUUGCACUGCCCAUGUUUAGCUUGAUGUGAAAUAAAAAAAAAAAAAACUCUCAA